AUGGUGUCGUUUGACGUCAUCUCCUUCUUCACCUCUAUCCCACAGGACCUGGCCAUUGCGACGAUCAAAGAUCUUUUGAGCCGCAGAGGACCAGGACAUUACCAGGAUUCACUCCGCUCUGAUGACCUUGUGGACCGUCUAGUCCUUUGCCUCAAAACGUAUUUUACGUUUCAGGGCACAAUGUAUGAGCAAAUAAAGGGCACCCCCAUGGGGUCACCUAUUUCAAGUGUUAUUGCUGAGGCUGUAUUGCAGCAGUUGGAACACGUAGCGAUGACCCAAUACUGCCCAAAGUUCUGGGCCUGCUACGUUGACGACACAUUCGUCAUAAUUAAGAGGAGUCAAAAAGCUGACUUUGUGGACACACUUAAUUCGGUGUGCGUGGAUCUGCAAUUUACGGAGGAGGAGGAGUAUCAGGGUAGGCUGGCAUUUCUUGAUGUCUUAGUCCAACGCCAGCCAGAUGGGACCUUAACCACCCGGGUCUAUCGCAAACCCACGCACACCGAUAGAAUUUUGCACUACAACAGCAAUCACCCGGUGGCCCACAAAAAAUUUUUGUUGUUUGUUGCUGAUAUUGUUCUUGUUCUUCCUUUGCCAGAGAUCCCCCAGUGUGCUGGCUGCAACCAGCACAUCUUGGAUAAGUUCAUCCUGAAAGUCCUUGAUCGACACUGGCACGGCUCUUGCCUCAAGUGUGCAGAUUGCCAGAUGCAGCUGGCAGAACGUUGCUUUUCCAGAUCAGGAAGUGUCUAUUGCAAGGAAGACUUCUUCAAGCGUUUUGGUACAAAAUGCACAGCAUGCCAACAGGGAAUCCCACCCACCCAAGUGGUCAGAAAAGCCCAGGAUUUCGUCUAUCAUCUCCAUUGCUUUGCCUGCAUUAUCUGCAACCGCCAACUUGCCACAGGGGAUGAGUUCUAUCUCAUGGAAGAUGGGCGCCUGGUGUGCAAGGAGGAUUACGAAACAGCCAAACAGAACGAUGAUUCAGAGGCUGGAGCCAAGAGGCCUCGAACCACCAUCACAGCUAAACAGUUGGAAACAUUAAAAAACGCCUACAAAAACUCCCCCAAACCAGCCAGACAUGUGCGGGAACAGCUGUCCUCUGAGACAGGAUUGGACAUGCGGGUUGUACAGGUCUGGUUUCAAAACAGAAGAGCCAAAGAGAAGCGCCUGAAGAAAGAUGCUGGGCGACAUCGUUGGGGCCAGUUCUACAAGAGCGUUAAAAGGAACAGAGGAGGCACCAAGCAUGAGAAAGAAAGCUCUGCAGAGGACUGCGGCGUUAGUGACAGUGAGCUGAGCUUCAGAGAAGACCAAAUCCUCUCAGAGCUGGGCCACAAUAGAAUAUACAGCAACGCUGGUGAGGUGGCUAGUGGACAACUAUUGAACAGUACUUUCUCUCUGGAUGGGACAGGACAAUCCUAUCAGGACUUGAGGGAUGGAAGUCCUUAUGGAAUCCCACAAUCUCCAGCUUCCAUAUCAUCUCUUCCAUCACAUACUCCAUUGCUAAAUGGUUUGGAAUACACAAUGGACAAUAAUUUAGGAAUAAUAGCACAUGGAGGGCAGGGGGUGAGCCAGACAUUCAGAGCUAUGGCUGGGGGCCCAACCUCUGAUAUUUCCACUGGAAGCAGCGUUGGUUAUCCAGACUUUCCAACAAGUCCUGCCUCCUGGCUUGAUGAAAUGGACCAUCCUCCUUUUUAAAGUAUUCUGCUUCCUUCAGAUUUGCCAUAGUCAGACCUGUUCUUUUGGCCUGAAAGCGUGCUAAGCCACCCCCAAUAAGGGACAACAAUCAAUCUUCAAUGAAAGUGUCCAUUAUUUUAGAAGGGGAAUCCACAAUUUUUUUUCCUGUAAAGCUGAAAGAAAAUAUGAUAAUAUAAUGUAUAAAUAUAUAUAUAUUUUAUUUGCUUUUUAUUUGAAAGAGGGGACUGAUAGGAGGAGCUGCUUCUGAAUACAGCACACUGUUGUGUUUAGUCUAUGUAUGAUGUUAGUGGUGCCAGCUAAAACAAGGACAAAUUCACUGACUCUUCACGCGACUCGGCUGCCCAGUUGGCUCCUAGCACAUGUGGAAAUGACUAAACUGAUUUUUGCUCCUUGACAACCCUACAUCUUCUCACAGGCGGUCUGACCGUUGUCCUGCAUUUGCUUGACUCUAACCAGCUAAGCAAUAGAAAUCAAUGCAAUAUUUCCAGCUACUGAAGGGACAGAAAGUUACUAAAUGGUUGCAGUUUUACCCUUCCCACUUUUAUUUCCGCCUGCAACGUCUUUUCUAUAUUAUGCCUUAUUAAGGAGACAUGGUAAGGCAGCUUAGAGGUGCCCUUGUUUCUCACCUACAUCACAGCUUUUGGGCAUCUGUUAUUGCCUUUCAACUGGAUCAUGGGAUCUUUUGCUGAUGCCUUCUCUCCUGGUUGACAUCCGGCUACAAGGAAGCAGCAACAACCCAAAAGCAAGACCUGCUGAUUCUUUAGAUCUCAACCCCUGCGUGGUCAUUAUUCUUCCUAAAGUUGUUAUUGUCACUCAGAUAAGUGAACCAUGUGCUACUCUGAGGCAAAAAAAGAAAGAAAGAAAGAAAGAAGAAGAAGCAAAAAUACAACAGCAGAGCCCCCAACUCAAUCUCAGUAAGCAGUGGGAUUAUAAUUGUGUUCCUGAUUGGAUAUAGCAGGAAUCAGGGAUCCCAUAGCAAGCUCCCUUUUUUGGGCAACCACUCAAUUGUCAUUCAAGAAGAAUGCAACUACAACAAAAAAAGAAUAUAGACCUGCAGCUGGUAGGAAUGCACCAUGGGUUUAAAAUCCACAACAAAAAGAUAAUUACAGGCAUUUUACACCCUUCUACUACUUUUAUGUGUCAGUUCAUGGUAGUGAAAAUCUUUCAAACUAUGAACUGAAUACCAGUUAAGCACAAGGUGUAUUCUGAUCAGAAAAAUAAAAUAUUAUUUACAUUACGUGAAAUUAAUUUGUAUAGGAGUUUAACAAUGCCUAUAAUCCAGCAUGAAAUCCAAUGCUGGGUCUUUUUUUUUUUUUUUAGCAUAUAUAAUAUGGCAUUCUCCUAACCAAUGCAGCAAUUUAUAACCUCAUUACUUAUACCGUUGUAGCAAUCCCCAAGUUUUCUCUGAAGAAAUGGAGGCGAGUUUAAUUUGAUUAACCUUUUUUAGGAGAUUAACAUCAUUCUAAAGGCCUUCACAAACAAAAGUUUUAUAAUGUAGGUAAAAUAUGAAAGAGAAAUACCAUGACAAUCAUUUGAAGCAAGACAUUAAUUAGACUGGAAAGCUGCUAAGGGGCUUUUCAGAGAUUAUUUGAGAUCAGGGUAACACAUACACAUAAAGUUUGAGGCAGUUCUGUGCCUGGAGAGCAUAUAUUUUGGAAGUGCUUUCUGAAACUCUAAAUUUUGUUUUGCUCCGGGGUCUUAUACAAACUAAUUGAAACUUCAAACACUUUGCAGUGAAUAUUAUGGCCUUAUAUUCACUGAGUAACAUGAGCAAGGUGACACAGGUAUGACUUGAGAAUUAGAGAACUUAUUCAUGCAUUCCUUUGCAUGUGUGAGCCAAAUUUCCCUGAAGAACCAUUGAGUUCCUAUUACUCCAAGCACAAUGCUUUUCAGUGACAUCUUACACAGAUAAGACAGAGCCAGUGUUGAGAUAUGUGUGUAUCAACAAAGCACUGAACUUUGUUUUCUGAGGUUUUGUCUCCAACUGCCUAGAAAGAAUUUUAUAUCAAAUAUUUUUAUGGAUUGAGAGCUAAUUUUGAAAAAGCAUAGAGAUUGGGCAGCACACAGCAAAUUAUCAUAUUGCAGAGGUUCAGAUCAAUGCCUGUUUUUCAUUUUGCCAUGUUGGAAAGUGUUUAUCAUUUAUCCUCCCGCAAAACAAUUUUUGCUAGAGAAAAAAAAAGUGGAAAAUCACUAGUUCCCCGAAGUAAAUACAUUCCAACAUACCUUGUAGAUAGCAUAAAUGUGUGUCUGGUCCAUUUACUGUUCUGCAUGGCUGCCAUUCCAAAAUCUAAUCAGGUGAAGAAUAUAUUUCAUAAGUAAAAUGGAACUCUGCUGUUCUGAUAAAACUGCUUUCCUUUCCAGAUUCUAUAUGGAAAGGAAGAGCUGAAACUGUUUCUCCCCCCAGAUUCUAUGUUAGGGAGCUUGCAAGUUACUUACAAGACUA